AUGUCACCUCUUUAUGAUUCAGGACUUAAAAAGUAUCGGGCACAUCACACCAGUCCAGCUUCCAGUGUGACCAUUCAAGUCAGAUUGUCUGAUAUCAAUGGUGAAAAAUUAGAUUUUUCUGAUAUUCUGCAGAAAGCAUGUCAAGAAUUGUUAAUGGAACCCGAUGUGGAUAAGUUAGUGAAAAAGAUAGAUGAAGGUAUUAAAUUAACGUGUAGUGUUGAUGGUUUAGCAGCAGAUGAAUCAGCCAAUUUACAAUGGUUUGAUGCCAGUGGGACACAAGUUACUGCUAAAACUGGACCAAUAAAAGUAUCAGGAUAUGGUAAUAAGUUAUCGUUGAUGAUUCCUAAAUUACGGAAUGGAGAUGAAGGAUCCUAUUCUUGUAAAGCCACUAUUAAUGGUAACCCUGUAGAAAAAUCCCUUGCUAUUGAAUUAUACAAGGGUAUCACCAUCAUUGAUUCUCCAAAAAAACAACGGCCCAAUAUCAAUACUGAUGCCUUUAUUGAAUGUAAUGUUGAUGCCACAUCAGCAAGUGUUGACUGGUUGUAUGGUGAUGAAAGGCCAAUUGACUCAACUAAUGGUCGUUUUAUUCAAAAGAAAGAUGGACUGGUGAUAAAGAAUAUAACAGAAGAAGAUAAUGGAAAAUAUUUCUGUUCAGUCAAUGUACCUAGCAUGGGAGAUUUCUUACAAUAUGAUAUCACUAUUGAAGUUACCAUUCCACCAAAAUCUAGUCGACCAGCCACAUUUAGUCCUGCUGUAGUUGGUAAAAAAUUCACUAUGAGUUGUUUUGCUACUGGAGACCCACAACCUAUCUUUAGUUUCUAUAAGGAUGACCAAUAUUUAGAGGGAUCACGAUAUAUAAUAUAUGACGUUAAUGGCAGAUUAGAGAUUGAAAAGAUAGAGGCCACUGAUUCGGGUGAAUAUAAAUGUGUAGCCAGCAAUAUCAAGGAUGGAGUACGUGGUAGUAAAACUGGUGGCAAGAUUGAAGAAAUUGUUACCGUUGAAGUCCUCAUUCCACCAAGGAUCACUUCAAUAACUGAUAUUUCUAAAGUAGAACGAGAACCAGGAGAGUUGACCUGUGUUGGCGAGGGUAACCCAGCCCCUGAUCUUACAUGGAAAAAAUUUGGUUCUGAUGUUGCCUUCUCUUCUGACCAAUCAGGAACACUCCAAGGAGCCACACUAGAGCAGAAAAAGGAUCAGUUACCUGAUGGUUCCUGGAAGUCAGAAUUAAAGUUGAUAUUUGCUGCUUUAAAAUCCAGUGACACAAACACCUAUACUUGUACAGCUACUAACUCUGCUGGUAGUGCCAGUGAAAAUGGAUCAGUUACUGUUCAAUUCAAACCAAACUUUGAUGAUACCCCAUACACUCAGACAUACGGUUGGGCUAAUCACCGUAGUGAGGUCAGAUGUAUUGCUAAUGCUGAACCUGAAGCGUUUAUUAAAUGGUCUCGUCAUGGUGAGAAUAUAGCAGACAACACCACAUUCCAAAUUGUCAGUAAACCAGGACAAGGCACAAUGACAAGUGAUCUUAUGAUUGCUGUACUGCUUGAUAAUGAAGACUGGAUCUAUGGUGACUAUGUCUGUUCUGCUGAAAAUGCUCAUGGAACAACUACACAGACAAUUACUUUUACCAAAGCUAAGCCUCCAUCAACAGUUCAGGUAAAAAGUGACAAUCCUACUCCAACAUCUGUUGAAUUAAUAAUUAGUCCUCCUGCUGACAAUGGUGGCCAACCUGUUCUAGAUUAUAAGAUAGAAUAUAACUUACAAGGCAGUGCAGACGUCAAAACAACUAGAGCUUCAAAACCGCCAUCUAGUUCUGGGGAACAGAGAACCGUGGCCAGAAUUGUCGGACUGGAAGCUGAUAAGACCUAUAAAGUAGCUGUCAGUGCAAGAAAUAAUGUAGGCUAUGGAUCUUCUCAAAGUCUGAAUGUAGAAACUCCAAAAGUCCGUCCACCCAAUCCUGUAUCAUUUACAUCUACUCCUAGUGGUCCGAAUGCCGAUUUCUAUAUCAUAAGUUGGGCUAAACCAUUGACUGGAGGUAGUCCAAUAACUGGAUAUAUGAUCAGCUAUAAUAAGGUUGAAGUUAAAGGCGAUUCGGAAUCAUCAUGGGCGGUGACAAAAGUACUGGAUAAGCCAAUCAAACAAGAGGCUAAGGGAGACAUUACGAGCUACAGACUGGAAAGACUAGAACCAAAUACAUUCUAUCAAGCAGAGGUUAAAGCCAUUAAUGCCCUUGGUGAAUCUGAUGCACGUCAACUCAUCUUUCAAACUUCAAAAGGAGGAAAAACCCAGAUAGAAAGUGCAGCACCACCUCCAACCCCCAAACCCAAUACAAAUCCAGGUAUCUAUAUAGACCAAGUUUGUACUGUAGGGUUUCAUUCAUACAUUAAGUAA